AUGUCAGCAAAAGCUGUUAGUGAAUAUACUGGUAAAGAAUUACUUUACCGACAUCUGAGUGCUCUUGAUUUCGUCGUAAAACCAUCGAUAGUAAAACUCACUUCAAAUGAUUCCUUCGAUGCUGUUGCCAACAAAAUUGAUUGGCUUAACAAUCAAAAAAAAGGAGUGAUUAAGCCAGAUCAGCUUAUUAAGCGUCGCGGUAAAUUAGGCUUAAUAAAAUGUGGCAACAUAUCAGAUCUGCGUGAUUGGUUCCACGAAUUUAAAGGGAAAAGUAUAAAAGUUGGCAAAGUCACUGGAAAUUUAUAUAAUUUUAUUAUGGAACCGUUCUGUGUUCAUAUGGAUGAUGAUGAAAUGUACAUUGCUAUUUACAGCAAGCGUGACUACGAUAUCAUUCUUUUCUAUGAACAUGGUGGUAUCGAUGUGGGAGAUAUUGACGUUCAGGCUCGAAAGCUGUAUAUUCCAGUGAGCGUUGAUGAUCAAAAUAAUUUCAUCUCUGACAGUGAUAUGGACUCUUUGAUCGGCGUUAUGAAUAGCGAAAAGCUAUCAAUCCUGAAAAUAUUCAUCAAGGCUCUUUACCAUAUAUACCGAGAAAAUCACUUCACGUAUCUAGAGAUAAAUCCGUUAGUUAUGGUGAACAGCAAAGUUUACAUAUUAGAUUUAGCAGCCAAACUUGAUGAAACGGCUCUUUUCCUUUGUUCGGAAAACUGGAGAACAAGAAAUGGAGAAUCAAUUGAUUUCCCUGCUCCAUUUGGAAGAGAUAAAACUGCUGAGGAAAUCUAUGUCAGCGAUCUUGAUUCAAAAACAGGUGCUUCAUUGAAAUUAACAAUUAUAAAUCGUCGAGGCCGUGUUUGGACUAUGGUCGCGGGUGGUGGCGCAUCUGUUGUGUAUACGGAUACAAUAUGCGAUUUGGGAGCAAUGUCGGAAUUAGCGAAUUAUGGUGAAUAUUCGGGUGAUCCAUCGGAAGUGAUGACAUAUGAAUAUGCGAAAACAUUAUUUAGCGUGAUGACAGAAGGUAUACCUCAUCCUGAUGGCAAAGUCUUAAUUAUAGGUGGUUCAAUUGCCAACUUUACCAAUGUUGCGAAUACAUUCAAAGGCAUUGUAAGAGCUUUCGAAACAUACCAGGAACGUCUUCGAGAACACAAAGUUACUAUUUAUGUGCGACGAGGAGGACCAAAUUAUCAAGAAGGAUUACGAAAAAUGAAAGAAAGUGGUCUGUUUCUUUGUUCACGUCUGAAGUUACCAAUAUAUGUGUAUGGACCAGAAACCCAUAUGACAAGUAUCGUAGCAGCAGCACUUGGAUUAAGACCUGCUCCAAAUAAACCGUUGGCUCCACAAACUACCGCUCAAUUCCUUCUUCAGCCAGAAACAAAUACUGGAGGGACCGUGCCAUCCGAACCUUUAUCAAACAAAACAACAUCACCACCAAGACGGUCAAAAAAUUUAGCAGCAGAAGAUGGUGAUCGACCGGAAGUCAGUGGUGUUGAUGAUCCAGGAGUGGAGACAUUAUUUGAGAAUUAUACAAAAGCCAUUGUUUGGGGACAGCAAAUAAAAGCUAUUCAGGCAAGCAUUAGUUUUUUUACUGGUAUGCUUGACUUUGAUUUUGUAUGUGGUCGGUCAAAUCCGUCUGUUGUUGCAUCAACUUAUCCAUUCACAGGAGACCACAAGCAGAAGUAUUAUUUUGGACAAAAGGAAAUUUUGGUGCCAGCGUAUAAAUCGAUGAAGGAUGCUUUUGAUAAUCACAGUGAUGCUUCUGUUCUUAUUAGCUUUGCUUCUUUACGAUCUGUUUAUGAAACAGUUCGUGAAGCAUUAGAAUAUCGUCAAAUUCGUGUAAUUGCAAUAAUUGCGGAAGGUGUACCUGAGAACCAAACUCGACAAUUAAUUAAAAUAGCAAACAAAAAGAAUGUAGUUUUAAUUGGACCGGCAACAGUGGGUGGAAUUAAACCUGGUUGUUUCAAAAUUGGUAAUACGGGUGGUAUGAUGGAUAAUAUGUUGUCUUUGAAGUUAUAUAGACCAGGAAGUGUUGCAUACGUAUCACGAUCUGGUGGCAUGUCAAAUGAACUAAAUAACAUCAUUUCACAAAACGCAGAUGGAGUUUAUGAAGGGAUUGCUAUAGGUGGUGACAGAUAUCCAGGUAGCACAUUCGUGGAUCACCUUCUUCGGUACGAAAAGGAAGAGAGAGUGAAAAUGAUGGUUAUGCUUGGAGAAUUAGGCGGAGAUGAAGAGUACAAAGUUGUUGAAGCGAUAAAGGAAAAAAAAUUAACAAAACCUUUAAUCGCUUGGUGUAUUGGAACUUGUGCAGAUUAUAUCUCAUCUGAGAUCCAGUUUGGCCAUGCUGGUGCGUCAGCUAACGUGAAAACAGAAACUGCUACAGCAAAAAAUCUAGCUCUGAAGGAAGCUGGUGCUCAUGUACCCCACUCUUUUGAUGAUCUCGGUGAAGAAAUUUCUAAGAUUUACAAAGAUCUUCUAAAGAAAGGGAUAAUUGAGGCAAAAGAAGAACUUCCCCCUCCCGCUGUACCAAUGGAUUAUGCUUGGGCAAGGGAGUUAGGUUUGAUUCGUAAACCUGCAUCAUUCAUGACUUCAAUAUGUGAUGAGCGCGGUGAGGAGCUUCUUUAUGCAGGAGUUCCUAUAACGCGUGUUCUUGAGCAAAAUAUUGGUAUUGGAGGCGUACUUAGUUUACUUUGGUUCCAGAAGCGUUUACCAGAUUAUGCGAAUAAGUUUAUUGAAAUUUGUCUGAUGUUAACGGCAGAUCAUGGACCAGCAGUAAGUGGUGCGCACAACACAAUCGUAUGUGCUCGGGCUGGAAAAGAUCUAAUAUCAUCCUUAGUUUCUGGCUUAGUAACAAUUGGUGAUCGGUUUGGGGGUGCAUUGGAUGGCUCUGCUCGGCAGUUUAGUGAAGCAUUUGAUAAAGGAUUGAGUCCUAUGCAAUUCGUCAAUGAACAGCGACGUAUCGGCCAGCAUAUAAUGGGGAUUGGACAUCGUGUAAAAUCGACAAGUAAUCCAGAUAAACGAGUGGAGAUUUUGAAGAAUUUUGCAUUAGAUCGAGAAAAAUUUAAGCAAGAAACCCCAUUAUUAGAAUAUGCCUUAAAAGUGGAAAAAAUUACGACAGCAAAAAAAGCAAAUUUAAUAUUGAAUGUCGAUGGAGCAAUUGGUAUCAUUUUUGUGGAUAUUCUUCGCCAUUCUGGUAUGUUUACUGCUGCUGAAGCACAAGAAACGAUCCAGAUUGGUGCUUUAAAUGGACUUUUUGUUUUGGGACGGAGUAUCGGAUUCAUUGGACACUAUUUGGAUCAGAAAAGACUUAAACAAGGUUUAUAUCGGCACCCAUGGGAUGACAUUACUUACGUAUUGCCCGAAGGUGAAUUCAGUACUAACUCUAGUGAAAACGAGUGA